AGUACCAACCAAUGGGGUGACUGGAAGCAGCAGGAUAAGGGUGGAGUCUCGCAGCAUUAAGGGAAGUUGCCGUACUCUCCCCCCAGCUAUCUGCCCACCUCCCCCUCUGGCUUCCAGCCCAAUGUAGUCCCCAGAUUCCUUCCUUGUUUGGUGCUGGGCUGCUUUUUUCACACUAAUGGAACCUGAGAGAGGCCUUCCCGAAGAGAGGAUCAGCCAGUCCAUCGGGGGGGGGGGGCAUGGGUGGACCUGGUGGGCGCCGGUGCCAAGGCCCCCGCAAGCCCAGCUGUCCUCUCAUUAGAGUCAGCUCAACUCAAAGGCUGGUGCCGACACCACAGAGGCUGCUGCUGUUUGUGUGAGAUACCAGAAGAGGCUUGGGCAAUAGAUACAUCCAUAAAGGACUGUAAGCCUACAAAAAAAGAGAGUACACUAUAGUGUUAUUCCAGGAAGCUGGCUAUAAGAGUUACUGGGAAUGUCACACGUGCAGCAAAAAGACUUAUAGCUUCAUAGUCCUUUAGGAUGCUUGCCCCAUGAUGUCAAAGGGUCUCUAGUUUGUCACUAUUGCUGUUUUCUUUUCAGAACACUCUGUCCCUGCUCAUUAAUGCUGGCCAUUUUCAAAGAACCUAAGAAGCCAAAUGGGUUGUUUUCCUCACACAAAUAGUUCACAUGUAGAACGCAACAGCCCGAUCAAGCUAAGAUCCUCUGACGUGUCUAAUAACCACACAAUCCUAUAAUGACAGGUGGAAAAAUACAAUAGGGAGGAAUACUUUUUGGCUUGUAAGUGCAGAUUUGUUCACAGAUUAUGUACGUGAAUUAUGCAUAUAUGCAGCUUUGUUCAAUCUUCAGGAGGAGGCCAAAUGAGUUACCAAUUAUUUAAGCUCUCAACCGGCUUGUGCCCUCAAAACCACUCCUCCAUAACUCCUUUGAUCACAUUACUAAUUCCACACAUGUGCACAGUUGUGAGCUAUUUCAGCAAUCGGGAGACGGAGGGGAUCUAGCUUUCUGGCACAGGACCAGACAUAAAUCAGAAACAGUCCAACAGGUUUAACCAAAAGAAGCUGCAGUUUUGUAUUUUGCAGGCAUUGUGUGAUGACAUUUGUUUUUGAAGCCUUGAGAGUUGCUGGUCUUUCUAAGUAUACUGAUUGUUCCCCUAGGUUUUGCAAAGGUAAGGGUGAAGACCACUGAGUUCUUCUGUUUGUCAUUCAAGCUCUUGAGUGUUGAACUUCCAGGGUGGAGGUCGGAAAUCUCUCUUCAGUUCCAAACAGAUCUCCUUCUAUCAACAGGAAGGGGCCACUCCAGGGGCCAAUCAGCUUUCAACUGAGGCCAGUGUCUCUGUGGCCCCACCCCAGCAUAUACCUCGGCAUGAAAUUUACUCAAUGCGACCUUUGUCGUGUGUGUGACCGCGCCUCAUCUUAAAACCUAAGUACGGAUCCUUCAAGGAAUUCAGUUCCUGAGAUAAACUACACCGGACCCUAUAUUCUUCUUACCAUGGAAGAUCUAAGCAGCGCAAACACACAGUUCGCUCUGAACCUCUACCGGAUCCUUUGUGAGACCAAAAGCAAUGGCAACAUCUUCUUCUCCCCUCUGAGCAUCACCUCGGCAUUAGCCAUGGUCUACCUGGGCGCUAAGGGGAACACCGCGGCUCAGAUGGCGAAGGGUCUUUCUUUCAACACAACGUCUCAUGUCCACUCAGAUCUACAGAAGUUUAUUUCCGAUAUUAAGAAACCUGAUGCCCCUUAUCUGCUGAAACUCGCCAACCGUCUCUAUGGUGAAAAGACCUUCAGCUUCCUGCAGGAGUUCUUGGACUCUACACAGAAGUUCUACAACGCAGACUUGAUGCCAGUGGACUUUAUAGGAGCCUCAGCAGCAUGCAGGGGCCAGAUCAACCAGUGGGUGGAAGAGCAGACCAAUGGUAAAAUUAAAGAGCUUUUGAAACCAGGAUCUAUCAACUCCAUGACAAGAAUGGCUCUCAUUAAUGCCAUCUAUUUCAAGGGAGACUGGUUGAAAAAGUUUGAUGCAAACAACACAAAGGAAAUGUCCUUCAGAAUCAAUCAGAAAGAGACCAAGCCAGUGCAGAUGAUGUACCAGAAGGAGAAGUUCCCCUUCAACUACAUCUCAGAGUAUGAGCUUCAGGUUUUGGAGCUGCCAUACAAGAGCGAGGAGCUGAGCAUGUUCAUCCUGCUGCCCCAAGAGGCCAAAAAUGGCUCCAACCCCCUGCAGAAGCUGGAGAAAGAGCUGACGCUGGAGAAGAUACAGGAAUGGACAGAAAGGCACAACAUGGACACUGGGACAGACAUCUGCGUCCACCUGCCCAAGUUCAAGCUGGAAGAUGACUACGAGUUGAAGGCCCCCCUGGUUUCUCUGGGCAUGACAGACGUGUUUGAUGCAGCACAGGCCGAUCUUUCUGGGAUGAAUGGGACCGGCGGCCUCUUCCUCUCUACCGUUGUCCACAAGUCCUUCGUGGAGGUGAAUGAGGAGGGCACAGAGGCAGCGGCAGCCACCGCUGGUAUCGUGGCUUUCGCCAUGUUCAGAGAAGAGUACUUUGUUGCCGAUCACCCCUUUCUGUUCUUCAUCAGACACAACAAAUCCAAGACCAUUCUCUUCUUCGGCCGAUUUUCCUCACCGUAA